AGUAUGAGGAUGUCUGAUGUGUUUCUUGUUUUGUUGUGACCAGAGGAUGUUGCCAGCGUGCUUGAUCAAACAAACCCGGAUGCCGUGAUUCUGGAACUCUGCGAAACGCGUCUCAAAUCUCUAAAACAGAUGAUGGGGAACAUGCCCGACAAGGCAUCGGAGAAGCGCAAACCGCGCACCUUCGAGGAAGUCUCUAAAACCUUUGGCGGCACCGGUCCCGCUGUCAUAGCUUUCAUCCUCGAGUCCGUCUACAAUCUCCAAAUCCUGUCUGGCGUGCAGCCGGGCGCCGAGUUCUAUGAGGCCAUUCGUCGCGAGGGACCCUGGAAGAUUGUGUGUGGCGAUGCGCCGGCACGGGAUACGAUCCAGAAUCUAUAUGGAGUGUUUGGCAACCCGCUCAGAUCAUUGCGCGACUCGCUCUCGUCAAUAGAAGAGAUUGUUGGACGACUCAUACUUCCGCCAAAGGACGGGGUGACCAUGCUUGGGCUUUUUCUCUUGGAACCACGGAGAGUACUUGAGCUUGUCAGGCUCACAUUUCCGGCUCUGGUUAUUUCGUCAGCCAUCAGCCUUGCGGGGAACGCUGGCGCUUUAGCGCUGGACAGUGCACCGUCAAUACCGAUAAGCAUGCUGUCAGAGGGGUAUGCAACGACGCUACUUCCGAUUGUGGCAUCUUUGGGUCAGACGCUUACGAUGUCGUACAUAAUCGUGUCGACGCUGCGCUUCAUGAAAGUGCUGAUUGCAGAUCGAGACCGCUUUCUGACGAAAAGCAUACUGGAAACCGCGUCGGAAAUUCAAUCGACCCACGAACGACCAGUGGUCAUCUGCGCUGUCGUCGGCCUUUUGCAUGUCAACGGGAUUGUGCGGCAAAUUCAAGGGCAGAGCGAGGCAGAUGCGUUGGCCAGUUAA